UAUAGCUGGUCUAGGUAACCCAAGGAAUAUGCAUGAUGCCGUGUGAAAUUACCACGAUGCACGAAAGUCUAAUUACAAUAUGGUUCAUAUGCAGAGGAAAUUUUUCUAUUGUCAUCACGAUUCAAAAUUCACUACAAAUCCCCCGCCAUUUCCCCAGAAUUUGAAACCCCUAGAGUUUUUUCCUUUCUUCCUUUUUCAUCCCCAGAAGAUCUCAAGCAAUUGCUACAAAAAUGAGGUCUUCAUUGUUGAUUGCAUCAAUUACAUUCCUUACAGCUUCUACCUUUGCUCAGAAUGAUGGAGACUUAACUCCUCCUAGUUAUCCAUCUCCAUGGAUGAAUGGCAAUGGAGAUUGGGCUGAGGCAUAUGAUAAAGCAAAGAGAUUCGUUAGCCAGCUUACCCUUCUUGAGAAAGUCAACCUAACCACUGGUGUUGGUUGGGAAGGUGAAGCUUGUGUGGGAAAUACUGGUACAAUUCCUCGACUCAAUUUCCCGGGACUUUGUUUACAAGAUUCUCCUCUCGGUAUUCGAUUCAGUAAGUUCUCUUUUGGAGCAGAGGCUUUAUUAUAACUGACGGGUUGUGAUUAGCCGAUUACAAUUCCGCUUUCCCUUCGGGAAUGAAUGCUGCUGCAACCUGGAGUUAUGAUUUAAUGAAUGCUCGAGGUAUUGCUAUGGGAAAGGAACAUCGAGGAAAGGGUAUAGAUGUCCAAUUGGGUCCUGUAGCAGGUAUGUCUAUCCUCUAGAGUCCACUAGAUUUUGAAUUAAUUAAUUUGGACUAGGCCCCCUCGGAAGAGCACCGGCAGGUGGAAGAAACUGGGAAGGUUUCAGUCCAGAUCCUGUUCUUACAGGAAUUGCAAUGAUGGCAACAAUUGAAGGAAUUCGUAAGACUAUCCUCCUUUCAUCUUUUCUCUGUUUUUAUCAUUUUCAAAUUUACACGAUAUCUCAGAAUAUCUUGUUUUCGCGAUUUAAAAAUCGUAUAUCCUCAUAGCUCCAUUAAAAUAACUGCUAACUGCUUGGCUUCAUAGAGGAUGCUGGGGUAAUCGCUUGUGCAAAGCAUUUUAUCAUGAAUGAACAAGAACAUUUCAGAGACUCUGGUAGCUCAAACGCUGCAUACUCUGCAAAUUUGGAUGACAAGACAAUGCACGAACUUUACCUAUGGUUAGUCCCACGUACCUUGUCACCCGCGUUUGCUAAUAAUUUUGUAGGCCAUUUGCCGAUGCUGUCAGAGCAGGAGCCGGUGCCGUCAUGUGCUCAUAUAAUCGUGUUAAUCAAACUUAUGCAUCUGAGAAUUCUUGGACUCUUAAUUACUUGUUGAAAAAUGAGUUAGACUUUCAAGGUUUUGGUAUGUGUUUUGGUCUAAUUAUGGAAUCUAAGGCUAACUUCACUCGAUAGUCGUGAGUGAUUGGUGGGCACAGCAUAAUGGCAUUGCCAGUGCAUUAGCUGGACUUGAGUAAGCUUCACAUAUUGCCAGAAGAUAACCUGAACUAAUGUCUUUCAGUAUGACCAUGGCUGGAGAUCAAAAUCUUGCUUCAGGCAACACAUAUUGGGGCACUUGGCUCACCAAUGCUGUUCUUAAUGGCACAAUCCCUCAAUGGCGCCUCGAUGACAUGGUUGUUCGCAUCAUGUCAGCAUACUACAAGGUCGGCAGAGAUACUGCUAAGGUUCCAGUAAACUUCAACUCAUGGAAUCUUAGCACAUAUGGUUACCAACAUCCACUUGCUAGCGAAGGCUUUACACAAAUCAAUGAACAUGUCAAUGUCCAAGAUGAACAUGCCUCGCUAAUCCGCGAAAUUGGUGCAAAAUCGACCGUUCUCUUGAAGAACACGAAAGGUGCAUUACCAUUGCGUAACCCGGAGAGCAUAGCAAUUAUCGGAGAAGAUGCCCAUGAUAACCCAGGUGGGCCAAAUGCUUGUGGAGAUCGUGGUUGCAAUAUUGGCACACUGGCAAUGGUAUGUAUCACCAUUGACUACUUAUGAAACUUGCUAACUACUGCUCAUUUUUAGGGCUGGGGUUCCGGUACCGCAAACUUUCCUUACUUAAUAUCCCCCGUUACAGCAUUGAAAGCAAAAGCAGCAGAAGGUUAUGUUCAAACAACCGUCAGAAAUGUCAGCAACAAUUACGACUUUGCUGCUGUCGCUGAAGCAGUAAAAGGAGCUUCUGUUGCAAUAGUAUUCGCCAACGCUAACGGCGGUGAAGAUUUCAUUACCGUCGAUGGAAAUCAAGGAGACCGAAACAACCUGACCUUGUGGGGUAAUGGAGAUGCUCUUAUUGAUUAUGUUGCAUCUAUCCACGAAAACACAGUGGUUGUCCUACACACUAUCGGGCCCGUAAUUGUUGAAGCAUACAAGAAUCAUCCCAAUGUAACCGCAAUUCUUUGGGCCGGCUUACCUGGUCAAGAAUCCGGAAACUCCCUCACGGACGUCUUGUAUGGUGAAGUUAACCCACAGGCAAAAUCUGUCUUCACAUGGGGAAAAACUCGCGAAGACUACGGAACAGACGUCGAAUAUACCAUCUCCACUCCAGAUCCCCAAUUAAACUUCAAAGAGGGUGUAUUCAUUGACUAUCGUCAUUUCGACGCCGCAAAUAUUGAGCCAUCCUACGAAUUCGGUUUCGGUCUCUCAUACACCACAUUCUCAUACUCUAAUCUACACAUCCAACCUCAUUAUGCUUCUGCUUAUAAGCCAACACAAGGUAGAACAUCAUCCGCUCCAACAUUCGGUACAAUCAACUAUAAUGCAUCGGCAGCGCUAUUCCCACCAGGAUUCCAUAAAGUUCCUGGUUACGUCUAUCCGUAUCUUGAUGGUCCAUUGGUCGCAAAUCAAAGUGUUCAACUCCCUCCACUCUCAACGGAUAGCUCACCACAACCACUUCUCGCGGCUGGUGGUGAGCCAGGUGGUAAUCCGGGCUUGUAUGAUGUGCUUUUCACUGUAACUGCCAAAAUAACCAAUACUGGCAAGAUAUCUGGAACAGAAAUUCCUCAGCUUGUAAGUUUUCUCUUAAUCUCCCUCCUUGUCCAUCUACCUCCCAUCCUCUUCAAUCAACAACUCGAUCCUAACAACCCGCAGUACAUAUCUCUCGGCGGCUCAACGGACCCUAAAGUCGUCCUCCGAGGCUUCGACGACAUGGAGCUCGAACCCCAAGAAUCCGAUACCUUCAAAUACGAAAUCACCAGACGCGAUAUCAGUAAUUGGGAUCCGGUAACGCAAAAUUGGGUGAUUACUGAGUAUCCCAAGACGGUUUAUGUGGGUAGUUCGAGCAGGAAUUUGGUUUUGAGUGGUGCUUUGCUGUAGUGUGGUUUGGCAGGUGAUGUUACGGGAAAAUGGAAUGAUGGGAUUGCUUCCUACUUGGGAUAGUAUAUGGCGGGUGUAUGCGCCCCCAACGAUGGAUUAAUGCGGUAUGUGUGGUACUUGUUAGUAGGGACUUUUAGGUUAGGUCAUAUUUAAAUCUUCUUGGAUACUAGGUGGAAUGGUCAAUAUGGCGAUGUUGAAAUAUCAUAUAACAAUUCAUUCGUCAUAUCUACAUGGCACGUU